UAUGAGUUUGCUUUUAUGCAGGUUGAUGAACUGUUAGCUAAAGGAGUGAAUGUAAUUGUGUACAAUGGGCAACUUGAUGUCAUUUGUUCGACUAAUGGAGCAGAAGCAUGGGUUAAGAAGCUAAAGUGGGAAGGUCUGAAAACUCACUCGACUAUGGGAAGGAGUCCAAUGCAUUGUGGGGAUGACAAAAUUACUAAGGGCUUCACCAAGUCUUAUGAGGAUUUUCACUUCUAUUGGAUUCUUGGAGCUGGUCAUUUUGUUCCAGUGGAUCAACCUUGUCUGGCAUUGGAUAUGGUAGCUAGCAUCACUCAGCCGCCAGCUGUUCCAUAAUGAAACACACACAAGUACACACCUAAUUGAUUUCAAAAUUUACACAACAUUCCAAGCUAGCUCUUCAACAGCGGCUAGAAACUGGACUGCUAUGUAGUUGGAAGAAAAGUUAAUAAAGAAAGAAAAUCUACUUCACCUAUCACAUUCUUAUGUU